AUGUCUAAUGUUCAGCCUAACGAAAAUGUCUACUCUAUACGUCAUACGCGGUCUAAGACACAGGAACUGAAAAGAAACGUCCUGACGGACGUGAGUAACAACUCCAAGGUGCCCCAUCACGGGCUCCAUAAAAAAGACCAAGUAGGAACACAACAUGCUAGAAAAGAGGACACGGAGGAUAAAAUGGACAUCACAAUAGUGGAAACUGCUAGUUCAGUAGCAAAUGUUUUUCCAGAAAAUAUUCAAAAAGAGAAUAUCCUCUCGGGACCAGCUGAUCGCAAUAGAAACACAAAGUCUUCGCUCAAGAGAUCUGCUACCAUUACGGACGUGCCCCAGGUAACGAACAAAAAAGCCAAGGUAGACUAUUCUUGGGACGACCUGGAUGCUGAUGAUUCGGAUGAUCCUUUGAUGGUCAGCGAGUAUGUUGGUGAAAUCUUCGAGUAUUUGCAUCGAUUAGAGAAGGAGACGUUACCAGACCCCAACUACCUGCAAUGGCAAAAAUCAUUCAAACCCAAAAUGAGAUCCAUUCUGGUAGAUUGGCUGGUCGAAGUUCAGUUAAAGUUUCGUCUGUUGCCGGAGACUCUGUAUCUCUCAAUUAAUAUCAUGGAUCGCUUUUUGUCCAAAGAACCCGUUCAAAUAAAUAAACUUCAAUUGCUGGCAACUGGUUGCAUUUUCAUAUCAGCAAAGUACGAGGAGGUCUAUUCUCCGUCUAUAAAAUAUUACGCCCAAGAUAGUGGGUUUUCCGAGGAAGAGAUCUUGGACGCUGAGAAAUUCAUUUUGGAGAUAUUGGAUUUCAAUAUAAACUACCCCGGAGCAAUGAAUUUUCUGAGAAGAAUCUCCAAGGCAGAUGACUACGACGUUCAGUCAAGGACAAUAGGAAAGUAUCUGUUGGAAAUAACCAUUAUUGAUCACAAGUUUUUAGGUGUACUACCAUCCCUGUGCGCAGCAGCUUCGAUGUACGUUGCUCGCAAAAUGUUAGGGAGAUAUGAGUGGAACGGUAACCUAAUACAUUAUUCCGGAGGCUAUACUGAAGCCCAUUUGAAAGAAACUUGUGAGAUGCUAAUUGAUUAUUUGGUAUCUCCCAUCAUUCAUGAAGAAUUUUUCAAAAAAUAUGCAUCAAAGAAGUUCAUGAAGGUGAGCAUUCUUGCAAGGCAAUGGGCAAAGAAAGUCACCACAGAAGGAAGAAGCAUCAUGGAUCCAAUUUUGUAG